AUGUCGUUACCGAACGAGAUCGAGAAGAAACAGAUCGUGGUGUUGGGAGCAGGUGUCGUCGGACUGACCACGGCGCUGAAGAUACAGGAGAAGGGCGAAUACAAUGUGACAAUUGUCGCCGAGACGCUCCCAUCCGAUCCGAAGACGAUCCGUUACACAAGCCACUGGGCGGGCGCUCACCAUGUCAGUCUGGCUGGCGACGACAAACGUCAACAAACCAGCGAGUGCAUCGCCGCUGACCGGUCCACAGAGAUGGACCAGGAAACGUUCCGCAUCAUGUGGGACCUCUCCGCCCCAGGCGGCGCAGCCGAGAACUGCUUCCUACGCCUUCCCCAGACCGAGUUCUACGUCGACGAGGCGCCGCGCCCACACUACCUCGAAAUCAUGCCCGACUUCGAGUACGUCGAGAAAGACGCCAUCCCGGCACCGUGCAAGACAGGCAUCCAGUUCACGACGCUGACGAUCGACACGCCCGUCUACCUCAACUGGCUCCUCGCCCGCUUCCUCGCCGCCGGCGGGACGAUCGUCAAGGCCGCCGUGCAGCACAUCUCGCAAGUCAUCAGCGGCGGCGCGCACGUCUUCACCGGCCCCAGCAAACGCAUCAGUCCGCCAGAGGCCGUGGUGGUAUGUGCGGGUCUCGGCGCUAGGUUCUUGGGCGGCGUGGAGGACCGGGAUGUAUACCCGAUCCGGGGACAGACCGUCCUCCUCCGUGCGCCCUGGGUCAAGUUUGGGCGCACGAUCAGCAGCGUCGACGGCCUUUGGACGUAUAUAAUCCCCCGCAAAGGCGGCGACGUUAUCGUAGGUGGUAUCAAGACCCCGGACGACUGGUACCCGACCCCACGCCCAGACAUCACGCUCGACAUCCUCCAGCGCUCGCUCAAGCUCGCACCCGAGCUGGUUCCGCCCUCCGUCCGCGCGCAUAAGCAAGAUCCCGAGCUUACGGUCGACGACCUGCUCCCGCUCGUAAUCGAAGAAGGAUGCGGCCUGCGGCCCGCGCGCAAGGGCGGAAUCAGGCUCGAGACCGAAUGGGUCGCGCGCGGGGACGAAAAGGUGCCGGUCGUGUUCAACUACGGACACGGCGGAUAUGGCUUCCAGUCGUCGUGGGGCUCAGCAUCGAUGGCGGUAGAGUUGCUCGAGAACGCGCUGGCGAAGAAGGCCUCGAACUCGGACGUUACCGUCGGACUCAGCGCAGAGAAGGGUUCUGACACGAAAAGAGAGGAAGCAGUGCGCUCCUGGUGA